AAAAAGACCAACGGGGCUCCAAAUGGCUAUUAUGGGGAGAUUGAUUGGGAUCGAUAUGUAAGUACAUUCAUACAGCACAGUGCAGUAAGUAAUCCCUCUAUAGUGUCAGUAAUUAGUAAUAAUACAAUGGGUUAGUGAAUAAGCAAUAACAUUUAUAGGGAGCACAAGAGGAAAUGCCGCCCUGGUUGUCAGAACUCGACCCCCAUAUGACAAUUUCUAUAAACCAUAUUCUAAACUUUACUUCCUACAACCAGACGUUACUUCCGCUUCUGCUACCUAUAAUUUUCUUGGUUAUGGCAAUCAAUCAUCCUCAUGUAACUUUGAAUUUGGAAUCAAAACGUGAUCUCUGUUUUCAGAAUCGUACAUAAAGUUUGUGUGAGUCUGAACAAACAAGCAUCUUCAAACAUCUUUAGCUAUGAAAAACACAGGACUGCAGUUUUUGUGUGCAUUUAUUUAACCACAAGCAUGAGAGAAGUGACUGUAUUUGUUGUCACACAAUGUCAUAAACCAUAAAUUGACCACUUAGUUAUACAUAUUUACUUCCUGUUACAGGCAACUCCAGAUGUGGAUGCUGAGGGCUUCAGUCUCAGACCCGGAGAGGAGGGGGAAAAUAUCCUUUUAUCAGAUGUAGCUGAUGUGGAAUGGCUAGCUAGUUAGCGGUGCACUAGUAAUGGGAAUCUUGAAAGUGAAGUCACCUGCUCUGAGACCUAGUACUGUUGCCGGGCACCAAGAAAUAUUUGACAUUUUGACAUUUUUGUCAUUUAUCAAGAGUGACUUACAUUAGUGCAUUCAUUUUAAGAAGCCGCCUUGCCUCCGAGUCCUCACCAAUGGAGGUGGGCAGCACCCCCUACACCACCACGGACCACAGAUCUCCUGGCGGCUCCCUAUCUAGUCGGUAUGACUUCCGUCGCCGCUCCGUGAGUGUUCCGUCAUCACCUGUCAUCAAACCAUUGUUGUUAGUUCCCCUAAUGGUGAAUGGUUCUUCCUUUUCUUCGCUUUCCACGGCAAUGAUAGAUUACGGAUCAGUGGGGAACAUUAUAGAUAGGGAGCUGGUCUCUGAAUGGGGGUUGCCCACCGUGCCACUGCCUUCUCCGCUACACAUCACCUCGCUGGACAAUAAACCACUUGGAUCAGGCACAAUUACGCACGUCACUCUCCCCAUCACCAUCACCAUUCCCACACUACCGGAGCACCACGAGGAGCUGUCCUUCCACAUCAUCACGUCACCCCUUCACCGGAUCGUCUUGGGAUUGCCCUGGCUCAGACUACACAACCUCACCAUCAAUUGGAUCACCAAGAGGAUCACAGCCUGGUCCCCCUCAUGCCGGAGGACCUGCCUGCCGGUAGUUUGUUGUUUCACGUCAGUGGAGAGUCCGGAGUCCGCCCUCCAGCCCAACAUUCCACGUGAGUACGCAGAUUUCUCCGAUGUCUUCUCUGCCUCCAAGGCUAAGUGUCUCCCUCCUCACAGGCCCUGGGACUGUGCCAUUGACUUGCUGGAGGGACAACCCCUCCCAGAAGAGUCGCAUUUACUCCAUCUCCAUAGCGGAGACUGAGGCCAUGGAGAAGUAUGUGGCGGAGACCCUGAAACAGGGGUUCAUCAGACGCUUAACUUGUCCUGCCUCCGCCAGCUUCUUCUUCGUGGCCAAAAAAGACGGAGGACUGAGGCCGUGCAUUGACUACUGGGGGUUGAACGCAGUCACCAGCAAGUACCGGUACCCCAUCCCUCUGGUUCCGUCGGCCAUCGAGCAGCUGUGAGGGGCCCGGUACUUUACCAAGCCUACAACCUGAUCCGAAUCCGGGAAGGAGACGAGUGGAAGACGGCAUUCAGCACUACCUCAGGCCACUAUGAAUACUGCGUCAUGCCCUACGGCCUCGCCAACGCACCUUCCGUGUUCCAGUCCUUUGUCAAAGACGUGUUCCGAGACAUGCUGAGUAGACAUGUGAAGGUGUACAUUGACAACAUCCUGAUCUACUCGGGUUACGUUCGAGGAGCAUGUUAGUGACGUCAGAGCGGUCCUACUCCGCCUCCGGGAACACAGCCUGUUGGUGAAGGGGGAGAAAUGCGAAUUCCACCAACAGGCCAUCUCCUUCCUGGGAUACAGGAUCAGACCUCGGGGUGUUCAUGGAAAGAGCGAAGACAGACGCCUUCAGGUCAUGGCCAGUCCCCACCACCAUCAAGGGCCUACAGAGCUUCCAGGGCGUCACAAAUUUCCUCCGCCGUUUCAUCAGGUACUUCAGCUCCAUAGCCGCCCCGCUCACCUCUCACCUUAAGGGGGGCCUCAGAAGCUGGCCUGGAACCCUGAGGCUGAUGCUGCCUUCAAGAGGCUGAAGGAGAAGUUCACCACAGCGCCCCUCCUAAAACACCCAGAUCCAGCUCGUCCUUUCAUCCUGGAGGUGGAUGCAUCUGAGGAGGGCGUGGGUGGGGUCCUCUCCCAGCGGCAAGGUAAGCCAGAGAAAAUGUAUCCAUGUGCCUUUUUCUCGAAAAAGCUUACCCCCGCAGAGAGGAACUAUGGAGUUGGAGACAGGGAGCUGUUGGCGGUGGUCCUCGCUCUUGAGGAAUGGCGACACUGGCUGGAGGGCGCAGUCCAUGCAUUCCGGAUACUCACUGACCACCGAAAUUUGGAGCACAUACGGGCAGCGAAACGGAUGAACUCUCGUCAAGCCAGGUAGGCCCAAUUUCUUACUCGCUUUCAGUUUAUUCUGUCCUACCGCCCAGGAUCCCAGAAUGUGAAAGCCGACGCACUCUCCAGGAUGCGCCAUACCAGAGAAGGGAAGGAUCUUGGGGGUCCUAUCCUGCCUCUGUCUCUCAUCGUGGCACCUGUCGUUUGGGAUGUGGACGAAGACAUCCACCUGGCGGCUCAGGAGGACCCAGCGCCUGCCAAAGCCCCUCCGGGGCGCGUGUAUGUACCCACCAGGGUCCGUGACACCACCCUUAUGGCAGGGCACUCCGGUAUGACGCGCACCCUACAUUUUCUCUCACAAAAAUACUGGUGGCCCACCUUGGCUACUGAUGUCUCCGGCUAUAUCAACUCCUGUUCUGUAUGUGUCCAAAUGAAGACACCUCAGAACGCCCCGGCAGGCAAACUAUUUCCUCUCCCAGUACCUCAGCGACCUUGGUCACACCUGUCCAUAGACUUUGUCACCGACCUCCCACGUUCUGACGGCUUCACCACAGUCCUGGUGGUCGUAGAUCGGUUCUCCAAAUCAUGCCGUUUUUUCCACUAACUGGUCUUCCUUCUGCUCUCCAGGUCGCUGAGGUCCUGUUCCAACAGGUCUUCCGGCAUUAUGGACUUCAGGAGGACAUCGUCUUGGACCGUGGCCCCCAAUUCACCUCCCGAGUGUGGACAGCUUUCCUGGAGAAGAUCGGGGCCACGGCCAGCAUCACUUCCGGGUAUAAGCCUCAGUCGAAUGAGCAGGUGGAGCACAUGAACCAAGAGCUGGGGAGGUUUCUUCGUUGCCACUGUCAGGACCGGCAGGGUGAGUGGGCAAGGUUUCCUCCCUGGGCAGAAUAUGCCCAGAACUCCCUCGCUCCCUUCCAGUGCGUCCUGGGGUACCAGCCGGGCCUGGCCCCUUGGACACCCAGCCAGACCGAUGCGCCCGCUCUCGAGUGGUUCCGCAGGGCCGGAUAGGUCUGGGAUUCCGCCCAUGUCCAUCUCCAGAGGGCCAUUCAUCGGCAGAAGGACCAAGCUGACCGCCACCGCAGUGAGGCCCCCGUAUUCCAGCCUGGUGAUCUGGCUGUCCACUAAAAACCUCCCUCUCCACCUGCCCUGCAAGAAACUGAGCCCCCGGUUCGUGGGGCCGUUUAAGGUCCUCUGGCGGAUAAAUUAGUUAUCGUACCAGCUGCUCCUUCCCCCUCACUACCGUGUCUCACCCAUUUUUCAUGUGUCUCUCCUCAGGCCGAUGGUUCCUGGUCCUCCCGGGGUACGCCCCCUCCGCCCCUGGACAUUGACGGGAGUCCGGCGUAUGCGGUGAGGGACCUGCUGGACUUCAGGUUCCGUGGAGGAUGGCUCCGUUACCUGGUGGACUGGGAGGGGUAUGGUCCUGAGGAGAGGAGCUGGGUUCCGGCUGGGGACGCUCUGGACCCCAACCUAAUUCGGGACUUCCACCGUCGCUGCCCUGACCGGCCCGCUCCUCGUCCUUGGGGUCGUCCUCAUGGUUGGUGACGUCCUGCGGCGGGAGCCGCAUGUCCGGGGGGGUGUACUCUCACGUCUCCUCCCGUUGCUCCCCUCUGGCGCUCUGAUUUGCCAGUCUACUGAGCCACCGGUCUGAGCGCACCACCUUGGCAACACCAGAAUGGAAACCCAACGCACCCUAAUCACCUCCAGCACACCUGCACCUCAUCAUCUCAUCACCACCCCUAUAUAGCCCUGGACUGUUCAGUGUUGUGUUGUGUGUGAUUGUUAGUGUCUUGUCGUGUACUCACUCUUUGUUGUUCUCCUGCUCAGUGUUAAGUAAACCUUUACAUUGUUGAUUCCUUCGUCUGCGUCCUGCCUCUUCGUAUCCUCAGUACUCGUCACACUACUUCACCGAUAGUUUCUUUCAUUUUUGCAAAAAAUAGUUGUGUGUUGUUCCAGUAGUUAGCUACACCGCUACAUAUAAGAAGUAGUAAUUAACUACUGAAAACACUACCAAGAUUUGAAUUUAGUUCAACUACCACCAAGCUACUGCAAAAUGUAGUUAUAUUACUAGUGGAACUAAAUGUAGUUCACUACUCCCCAACACUGGUGAAAGGGUAACACAACCUGAACUCAGGGGUAGACGUAACAUAGCAAAGUUACAUUUGUUUCCCUCCAUUUAGUGUCAUUUGUUACGUUUUGUAUGAUAUGUAUGAAUUUGUGGAUGUCCAUCAUCCAUUUCAUAUGAUAUGUUACUUCGUACAAUAUGUUACGAAUUUUAAAUAUGUAUGAUAUGUUACGAAUUCCAAUUUGUUGUGGCUAACGGCUAACGAGAGCUAGCUAGGUGGCUAAGGUUAGGGGUUAGGGUUAGGAGUUAAGGUCCCGUGUAGCUCAGUUGGUAGAGCAUGGCGCUUGCAACGCCAGGGUUGUGGGUUCGAUUCCCACAGGGGACCAGUACGAACAAAUAUGAAAAUGUAUGCACUCACUACUGUAAGUCGCUCUGGAUAAGUGUCUGCUAAAUGACGUAAAUGUAAGGUAGGGGUUAAGGUUAGGGGUUAGGGGAAGGGUUAGAUAACAUUAGUAGUUAAGAAGUUGCUAAAAUGCUGAAGUUUUGUGGUAUUCAAACUUUUUCAGCGGGGACCCCAUUUUUUUCGCCAUAAUUUCUGGGGACCCCAUUUUUUCCGCAACAGUUUCUCGCGAACCCACCCCACCCCAAAUCUAAUGAUACAACCUUAAAAUCUGUACAUUUCGAUUUUUACAUCAACAAAUAACCUUCAAUUCAUUACAUUUUGAUCUCUUGAAAAUAAACCAAUAAAUACAUUUACUCAAUACAUCUUUUUUUUUCAAAUUAUCUUUCUCAAAACGUUUGUAUAUUUCCGCAUAAAAUAAUCUGUUCUCAUAUUUGUUUGUUCCAAAUUAUUUGUUAUUUUAUUUUAUUGACCCCACUGCAGUUCCCCCGUCGCGUCCCCGACUUUGAAUACCAAUGUCGUGGUGUGAUUCGAACACGCAACCUUUGGGUUGCUAGAUAUCCUAGUUCCUGUCUUAAGUAACCAUACCAAACAUAACAUAUCAUACUAAUUGGACCGAUACAAAUGUACAUCUACUAUGUUACGUCUAGUCAGUGUGGCCAGGCUGGUUAACAGGGCAGAGUCAAAUAAGUGUAGCCUAUCUCUGUUGCAUCCCGCCUAGAAAGUUUUCAAUACCAUUGGUUUCAAUUGAAAAGUUAUGUUUUCACUGGCCCAGGAUCAAAUUAGCAAUUGAGCCAUUGGACAAGGUUAGGGGUAGGGCAAUAUUCAGUGAGAUUUUCUACCAUCAUCAGUGAGAAAUAACAGUAUUUGGGCUAGGGUAAUCUGAUCCUAGAACAGGGACAAUAUCUACUUCAGUUUCAGCAGGUGCAGUGUAGUAAACUGGGCCACACCAGACGGAGUCAGACAGGUAUACUGUAUAUCGCUGCACCAUUUGUACUCCAGAGACUAUUGGCUUUGCAUCUGACAAAGUAUCUAUUUGGCCCAAUUCUGAUAUUUUGCCACUAAUUCAUCUUUUGACCAAUCAGAUCAGAUCUUUUGCCAAUAAUUGGGUAAAAGUUCAGAAUUGGGCUGCCUUAGUAAAUGCACCCUUUGUGUCUUUGGAACAGAUGUAUGCUAACGCUAAUUAUACAUUUUGUGGCAAGGGAAAUUGAUAGGCACUUGGCUCGACAUGCUGGGAUUGGCUCUGGUAUUUGAGUAUGUGUGAGUAUUGGUUUUUGAUGCCCUUAAUUUCAUUUAGGGAUCAAAUUACACAUUGACCCAUGGAGGUACCCGAAAGAUAGGGAGUGGACAAUCUUUAGUAAUUUAGUUCAUUGGAAAUGCUUGGGGUGCUCCUUUGUCUACCCCUCUCUCAUGGACAGACGUAUGUAACAUAAAUGUAUCUAACCAUAAUAGAGAAGGUCACGCAAUAACGCAACAUUUUUGUUCUGGGUUUCCAAGAUUAGGUUAUAGGUGCCAAGAUUACCCCUGUGCACCUCUGUAAUGUAACUCUUUGUAAAAUAUAUUGUUCCUUAACGAGUGUUCACCAGCUCCCAAAGGCAAGCAACACUUCUUCUCCUCCAGCGACUCGGAGGACGAGGAUGACAAGAGGAAGUUCAAGAUCAAGAUCAAGCCGUUGCCUUCCGACACUGCCAAGUGUGCCGUCCCAUCUAUGGACGAACUGAAAGCUUCAGUUGGGGGCUUGGCUCUAUCUCCCUCUCUGGUGAGCCCUUGAUGUUCUAACUGUGUGUAAUUGGAGUAGGGUGAAGUUGUCCCAAGACGCUGCUCUUCGGUUAGUUUAGCAUAUUUCUCACUAAUGGUUAAGGAUAGGAUUGGGGGAGGGGAAGCUGACCCUAGAUUUGUACCUAGUAAAGUCGGUUAUAGUGCAAUGUACCUGACCAGGGCUUGAACUCGGGUUACUAUGACCAAGGGCCACCGCCGUAACUCAGGCUCUCCAGGAUUUUGCUGGGAUUUCUUUGUGAUAUUUGCUGGCAAAAAUGCUUGAUUUUGCUGCCCGCAAUUCUGACAUUUUACAUGGCAAUAUGCAAUGAUUUUGUCCAAUUGUUGCGAAAAUGCGCAGACGAGGGAAAACGUUUGUUGACGUGUGGCUUGAUUGAACCAUAUUAUGCGGCAAAUGUGCGGUGAUUGGUUGAAAUUGCAAGCUCUCUUUUUGUACUGCGGUGAUGGGUCAGUUUUAUGCGAUAAUAUUGCGAUGAUUUAACUGUUUUAUGAGGAAAUAGUGCUGUGAUAAGUUAAAUUUGCAAACUCUCACAUAAAUUGGCAGAAUCGCAUAAUCCUGGAGGGACUGGUAUCUGCUACUCCAAAGCUAGCUCUCUCUGGUGUUAUAUGAAGUAUUACUGUAUAUGAAUCUGUUUGUUGAAACUUGAGACAGCUACAGCUAAUUCUAGCCAGUGAAAUUAUCGGGAAUGUACUGAACAUCUGAAUAUCUUUCCCUCCUCUCACUUCCUCUCAUUUAUCUCUCCGUCUCUUCCCUUUCUAUUCCAUCUCUCUGUUUCUUACGUCUGUUGCUCUUGUAGAGGAGAAGUCCGGUAAGCCAGGUUUUUUCUUCCACUUCUUUAUCUGUUUCACAAUAAAGAAAGAGCAUGGCUGUGGAUUCUUUUCUCAUGUGGAUUCUCUUUCCCCUACAGAAGCAAAAAAAAUCCCCAGCAGGCAAAAUGUUGCAUGUGAUGUGACGUCACUUUCUUUUGUUAGAAACUGAUUUUCUGAUUCAGAAGUCUUCAUAUCACCAGAUUAUAACCAACCAACCUAUGUUUUCAUGACGAAAUCAAGAAAGACGUCAUAUAUUGGUUGUUAUCUGGUCAGGUAUGAAGAUCUAUUUUUCUAGUUGCUAAAAAUACAUUUACAAAACGUCCUUUUACAACCGUAAUGAUGCCAUUGAUGUCAUUGCAACCAGUUUUUCCUGCUGGGAUUGGCUCUGGUAUUUGAGUUGUUUAGUUAUUCUAAUUCCUCUCUGCAUAUUAUAUAUGUUUUAUAUUACUAACACUUUCACACUGCAUGCCUUUAACACAUUUUAAAGAGCAUCUUCGGUUAGAACGUUUUAUUUUAGUUGAAAACUUACUUGAACUUCCCCUGCAAGGCUUACAUGGUACAUAAUGCACAAUUCUUCACAUAACACCUGUUGAUAGCCCAUUGAUUCUGUUUGACCAAAGCUGAUUGGUAGGCUAGCAAACGGGAUCACAUGUGCAGCUUUGUCAAAUAAAUAACAGCAGGGUCUUGUUCUUAGGCACCAAAUGGAAGAAAACAGACUAAAGCUGGGAGGGUCUAAAUGGACAUGUCCAAUAGGAAACCCUUUUUAAUGGACAUGUCCAAUAGGAAACCCUUUUUAAUUAACUUUAGCAAAACAUUUCUUAAAUAUAUUUUCCAUUCUGUGCCCUAAAGAACAGGACCCAGGCCUAUGUUGAUUGACAAGCUCAGGUAACGUAACCUACCAGGUGCUAUGUUGUAUUGCUGCAUUAUCGUGUGUAGGCUUUAUGGCACAGUGCUGAAGUAAAGGGGUGAUAUAUUAUUUUCCAUUCCAUUUGACUGAUUUGUCACUCUCUGACCAGGUCUGUUCUCUCUUCCUUUUUGCUGGUCUCAGAGAUGCAGCCCGGUAAGUCGCCACCUGGUGGCACCCAAAAUGCUUGCAGGGAAAUAAAUGAAUUAUUGAAGAUUAUCUUUUGGUGCUGUCCAUUUAAUUUUCUACAAACCCAAACACGGCCUUUCAACUCCUAUUCUCCAGUCCAGCAAUAUGAAAUGUACUGAUGGCCUCACAAAAUGUGGUCUUUUGUCAGUGUCCAUACUUACAGUUAGUUCUUCACUCUAUUAAUUCACAUUAGCAGUUGUACAGGGAGACUCAUCCGGGGAAACUCUUAAUUAUCGGUUGCACUGUUUACCUUCAUGUUUCUUAUGUGAGGUUAGGAUUCCUUUUUACUGUUAUACUGAAAAUGACUUUCUUUUCGUUGCAGGGAUCGAUAAAGAGACACCUGUCUUGUAAGUACAUUGCUAGAAGUAGUGUAAUGCUAUCUGUAAUUAGUUUGACAUUCUGUCAGUGUCAACUACAUCCAUGUACAGUACAGUAUCUUUUCAUAGUUCUACACCAUCAGUUAAGCAAUUUGUUUACAGUUGGGAUACAUACUGUAGUUACAAUAGUUUGAGUUUAGAUGCACAUUCAGUGGCUGUCACAGAAUUUGAAGACCUCCAGUAUACAUUUAAUAAUAUAUGAUAUAAUGUUAUGCUAUAUAAUAUUAGUGGUAUUGGGUUGUUCUUUCCAGGUGAGGAGAUAGCCAGACCCAGACGCUCCACCCCUAUGCCAAGCCCCGCCCCCGAGACACAAAGGUCAGAGUUCAAACCCGUGCUAAUGCUAACAAUGCAAACAGGCUAGCAUAUUAACAUACUGUAUUGUUAGAAUUUGUGUUGGGUGUGCUAAAUGUUAUCUUUGGGGAAAAAUAAAGCUGUUAAAUUCAAUUUCAAUAACACACUACAAGAAAAUCGAUGAAAUCUUGAAUAUCAGAGUCAUAAAAUCAUAUUUACAUAUCUUAACUUUAUCAUCUCUUGCAGUGAGAGAGUAUCCCAGAAUCGCAGAGCAUCCCCAGCUUUCUUCGGGCUUCCUCCAGAGAUUACCUAUGAGACACACAGAUAUGAUAGUAACAGAAAUGAUGGUAACUCUCACAAAAAUAGUCUUUCUGACUGCAUAUGUGUGUUUGUGUUGCAUGGGUUUUAGCUAUGUGUUAGUAUAGUGGUAUGUUGGUUGAUUGCUCCUAAUCAUAAUAAUACUAUCUAUAGCUGUAUUAUCACCCAAAAGUGCCUGGUCUGGUUUAGUGUGAUAUAUUUGUGCAUUUGUGUUCCCACUGAAGUUUGAUAAACCUUUGAUCAAGUUUGAUAUCAUGUCUUCCUUUAUCAUAGUGGUCUGCAUAGAGGCUGAUGCAUGGUGUGACUCCAGACCAUACUCUGACUCCCCUCUGACCCGAUCCUUUCCCACAGGAGGUAAGCCCCAACUGUAUCAUGCAUCAGUCAUGCUUGUGCUUUUAUAUUAUUAUAUUUCUAAGACUUCCACGGGCCAUUAAAUCGGCUUGUGGUCCGCAUCUGGCCCGCGGGCCGCCAGUUUGAGACCAACGUUUUAGUCAAUAGUGUUACCAAGUGUUAUAGUAAGUCUACAGACUGACCUAGUGUCACACUCUCUAGUGCCGUAGUACUGUAGACUAACUAUUGUACAAAAUGCAAGUCCUUUGACCAAGUGUCACUCUCAUUGUAGCUCCUCCUCCACUACCUCCCAAGAACAUCCCAGCAGCUAGUCAAGGCAAUUCUUCGACUGAUUCUUCCGGUAAUAUUAUUCUGCCAAUGACCAUAAUUCCCAUAUCGAAGCAGAUUAAUUCCAAAACUUCAAUGGUUUUAUUUGUAUUUGUUUUGGAAUGAAUCAGCUUCAAUAUUCCCAUGCCUCAUGCACAGUUGUCAUAGUGAAUCGUUGUUCUUUGGACAGCAUUGAUAGAAGUGCCCCUUUAACUCAGCAAGAUCUCUGAACUAUUUUUUUCCACAGCUGAUUUACCCAAUGGGAGAAUAGUCCCAAGCCCCGCCCCCAUCUACCUGAACGUCCAAUCCCCAGGCUCGUACAGAGGUUCCCCUGUGCCUGACCUGGACAACGUGUUCGGCCCCAUGGAAUCCUCCCGGACCAUUGAGGACAGGGCCUCGCCCCGAUGGGUCAGCUUCAACAGCGAGAGACCGCCCCCACCAGACGAACCGGCCCCGCCUCCGCCCCCUGCCUCUCCGACUCCCGACUCGCCCCACUCCCUCUCCUCCCCCCCAGACUCCCCCUGCCUCUCCCCGGGCCACCCUCCGGAUGAGCCUCCCCCCUCCCCGCCACCCUUCUCCUCUCCCCCCGACUCUCCCAUCUCCAUCAUCUCCAUUCCUCCUCCAGAUCAACCCGUUCCCCCCCUGCCUCCCGACUUCUCUCCCCCGGACUCUCCGCCAUGCAUCGCCAUCGAUCCUAGUCUGUUUUUGGAUGAUGAGAUACUGGAGUACUCUCCUGCUCCCUCUGGCCCACUAGAGUACUCCUCUGCCCCUACCAGUCCUAUCCCUCCCCCCCUUCCUGCGGAGCGCUCCCCUCGGGCGGGUGUCCCUUCCCCUCUGGUGUUCCUGAGGGAGGAGCAGCCUGACUUUAUGGCCUCGCCCCUUGGGCUGACCCCGGGCUUCAGGGGCACGCCGCCACCCCUCCCCCCGCACACCUACAGGUCCAUGGUGUCCUCCCCCAGACCCUGCCCAGGCAGCGGUGAGUACCACUGUAGGAAAACAGAAAUAGAAUGGGUAGAUUACCACUGUAGGAAAACAUAGAAAUACAAUAAUUAGAAUGGGUAUUCCGAUCAUAGUGAAAAUGUAAUCUAUUCCUUGGAGACAAUUACUAUCGGAUCUAGAUGGUCAUGUACUCUAUAUAGUGUAGGUCAUAGCUGAUCAUAACACUUCUUAAUAAGGGCAAUUUUUCCUCAUCCUCGUCACGUGCCUUUCUUUUCCCUCUACAGACCCCUCCUCUCCAGCUCGACCUGCCACGCCCCUGUCAGGAGGCAGUCCAAUCCCUCCCCCUCUUCCUACAAGGCCCUCCUCUCGACCCAAACUGCCACCUGGGAAACCAAUAGGAGACCUGGUAUGGCACCUACAGUUUACUCUUCCAUGUGUUAGACUUGUGAUCGAUACCAUUAGAAUUUGUUAGACUUGCGACCCUCAUUAUUCGUUUUUUUCUUCAACGGAUUUCCACUAAGUUAGAGAUGCUACUAAACCUAACUGCGAUUGCUCUGCUAACAUUACAUUGUGUUUUUAAAAGUUUGGUACAGCAGCGGGCUACUGAUAUUCUCACCCCCUCCCCCAGACUCGACCCUUCAGCCCCCCUGUGUCCGGCAGCCCCCCUCCCUUCGCCCCGCUGGCCCGGGCCGAGAGUUCCUCCUCAAUAUCCUCCAUCACCUCACUGAGCGCAGCCUCCACCCCAACCCUGGGGAGAGAACUCAACAUAUCCACCACAGGUACACCAUCCUCCAUAACACCUCAUUCACCUGUGUACCCUGAGUAUACCAAACAUUAGGAACACCUUCCCAAUAUUGAGUUGCCCUCAGAACUGCCUCAAUUCGUCAGGGCAUAGACUCUACAAGGUGUCGAGAGCGUUCCACAGGGAUGCUGGCCAUGUUGACUCCAAUGCUUCCCACAGAUGUGUCAAGUUGGCUGGAUGUCCUUUGGGUGUUGAACCAUUUUUGAUACACACGGGAAACUGUUGAGUGUGAAAAACCCUGCAGCGUUGCAGUUCUUGACACAAACCGGUGCCUCUGGCAACUACUACCAUAAUCCGUUUAAAGGCGCUUAAAUAUUUUGUCUUGUCCAUUCACCCUCUGAAUGGCACACAUACACAAUCCAUGUCUCAAUUGUCUCAAGGCUUAAAAAUCCUACACUGAUUUAAGUGGAUUUAACAGGUGACAUCAAUAAGGGAUCAUAGCUUUCACUUGGAUUCACCUGGUCAGUCUAUGUCAUGGAAAGAGAAGGUGUUCUUAAUGUAUGUCUCUGUUGUUAAUACAUUCAAUGUUCAACAUAAUGAACUGUUCAUUGUUUUGUCAUUUUGCGAGUGGUAGUAUGCUCAAAUUUGAAGCACACAGUAUAAAAUGACUUUGGUGGAACAGGUAUUUUGACCAUAAUGGGACAGGCCUUUUGACCAUAAUGGGACAGGCCUUUUGACCAUAAUGGGACAGGCCUUUUGACCAUAAUGGGACAGGCCUUUUGACCAUAAUGGGACAACCUGGUUAAAUACUGUGGAGAAUGGAAGCAUGUACACUGUACAGUAUGAUGCAUACAUGCACACCGCUCGUCAUCGUCACCCUCCUAAACACACAAUGGUAUACCAUGCACAAUCUGAUGUUCACCCACUUUCUUAAUAUCUAGCCAUCACGCAAAACUCCCUCUGGCCUUGCCCUCAGUGUCUCGUGAUGGGUCUACACCUCCAGUAACUCAUCCACCUCUUCUUCUCUUCCUCUCCUCCUGCCUGCCUCUACCCCAUGUCCUCUAACCCUCCCCGCACACACAGAGGAAAAACAGCCAGCCAUGGUAUGGUUUGACCAUGGCCGGUUUUAUUUAUCUUUCGAAGGUGAGUCGUACCAGGGUCGAAUUCAUUAGGGUACACUGCAAAAAAAAAACGUUUGCAACGGAAAAGGAAAAAUAGCAUGUCUAAUUGGACAAGUUCAGGUAGUCUCUUUCAGUCCGUUUGGUGCCUAAUGAAUAUGACCCAGUACCAGUGUAUGGAGGCUACUGUACUGUACUGUACUGUACUGCACUACCCUGGCUGUCCAUGUUACUCUAGUCUCUUCAAGCAUCCUCUUCCUUCGUCAUUUUAUCACUUUCCAUGAUCUGUCCAAUCGUCUUUCUUGCCAUUUCUAUGCUCUUCCCAUCUCCCCCCCUUACGCAUGUCUGCUCAUUUGACCACGUCUGUAGGCCGUUACAGACACAGGAAGUGCUAAUAGUACUGAGCUAGUGUCUUUCUAUGGUAAUCAACUGUGUGUGUGUGUGUGUGUGUGUGUCAGGAUGCUCCAGAGGUCCCAGUCCACUCACCAUGGGAGCACAGGACACUCUGCCUGUGGCGGCUGCCUUCACCGAGACCAUCAAUGCCUACUUCAAAGGAGCCGACCCCAGCAAGUAAGAUUAGCAUUCCUAUCAAUGCUAGGCUAUUCCUGUCAAUGCUAGGCUAAUGCUAACACAAGUAGCAUUAGAAAUAGGCUAACAUUCUCAUUUCAAUGCUAGGCUAAUGCUUAAACAAGUAGCAACAUUGAUACUAUUGUCGAUAACAACAUUGAUGUAAAUCAAAGUCAAUACUGAUGUGAAUGCAAAUUCAUGACAACAUGAUGUUUCAGCCGGCAAAGCGACCCUCAUCAGAAUAAAUGCAACAAGUAAGAUGGCUAUGAUAUUGUUGUUGAUAUAUAUUAUCACAUUGCAGCUAUGCCUUUUUCAAUUCAGUUUCAAACUUUAUUGUCCCCUUUUGCUGUCCCCACAGGGAAAUUCAUUUAGCCUAUAUAUUGUUCUGAAAACUGAGAAUGUAGAUAUUUUGUAGAAUGUAGUUUGUUUGUGGCAUCCCUAUGGAUUCUGGGUACUGUAGUUUUUGUCCUUUUCUUUUCUUUUUUGUCUUGACCCAUUUCUGAGCACUGAGCUGGCUCUAUUCUCCGUGUUUCAGGUGUGUGGUAAAGAUCACUGGGGAGAUGGUGCUGUCUUUCCCGGCGGGCAUCACCAGGCACUUUGCUAGCCACCCGUCUGCCCCUGUGCUCACCUUCAGCAUCAGCAACUACAGCCGGCUUGAGCAGGUCCUCCCCAAUCCACAGCUACUGUGCUGGUAAGGCAUAUUAUACAGUACACUGACUCAUGUAUUUUGGGGCAAGGAUAAAAAUAAAAAUAAACAUGUAGCAUGGAUUGUGGCCAGGAUUGGAGCUACACAUUGACUGUUGGUGGAUGCCCCUAAAAAUAGUAGACAAUCACAGGACCAAUAGCAAUGUGUUUUAAUCCUUAUAUUUAAACAGUAAGACACUGUGCUUUAUCAUGAAUAUAGUCACAGGUAAAUGGCGUUGUUUGGUAUGAUGCGCUGGCUCUAAUUUGUUGGGGGAGAGACACCUCUGUGAUUAAAAAAUGAUGGUGUUGCAUGUACACGUGCAAGAUAAUAUCAUAAUAUACAGUACUUGAAUCAGAUACAGUAAUUGUAAUAUUACACCAUCAGCAAACCAGAAAUGCCCACGUCAUGUAUUUGUUUCCAGUGACACCGUGUCCAAUGUGGACACCAAGGAAUUCUGGGUAAAUAUGCCAAACCUGAUGAGCCACCUGAGGAGAGUGGCUGACCAGAAGCCUCAAGCAACCUACUACAAUGUGGACAUGAUCAAAUAUCAGGUGAGACCAUCUGCAUAGUACAUAUUAUUAAAUAUUAUUACAUAUACAGUAUAUAGUCACAAUUACAUAUAAUUGUUAAACAAAUGCAAAAUACUGUGUGUGUGAGUUUCUGUCGCAGGUGGCAGCCGAGGGGAUCCAGUCGACCCCCCUGAACCUGGCAGUGAGUUGGCGUGGCGACGCCACCAGCACGGACCUCAGGAUAGACUACAAAUACAACACGGAGGCCAUGGCCGCCCCCUCGCCCCUCCACAACAUCCACUUCCUGGUCCCUUUGGACGGGGGCGUGCACAAACUCCAAGCCAUGAUCCCCACUGCCACCUGGUAAGAAUGCUAAAUUGCUGACCUGAAAUUCUUUUAAAAUGUAUUUAAUCUUAGAAUUUGUAUUUGUAUUUGUAUUUAAAUGUUUUACAUUUUAGUCAUUUAGCAGACGCUCUUAUCCAGAGCGACUUACAGUUAGUGAGUGCAUAUAUUUAUAUUUAGAAUGUAUUUUUCAGGUGAAUGUCAUUGAAAUAAUAAUGGCAAGUAGGCAACUAUAACUGUAUUUGGUUGUCUCUCUAAGGAACUCAGAGCAGCAGAAAAUUCUAUGGAAGAUACCAAGCCUUUCCCAGAGGUCUGAAAAUGGAGGUAGAUGAUCUUCCUUCAUCUCUUCCUCAUCCUCUUCCUCCUCUUUCACUUUUCCUGUCUUCCUCCUCCUUCUCCUCUCCUCUCCGUUUUCAUCUGCCUCAACUUUAUCUUCAUAAUCUGAAUAAUGCUCUUCAUCAUCACCAUCAUCACCAUUAUUCUCUUUCCUAUAGGAGUGGGAGCUCUACUGGGUAGGUUCCAGUUGACAGAGGGUCCCAGUAAGCCGUCCCAGUUGGCGGUGCAGUUCACCAGCGAGGGCAGCACUCUGUCAGGCUGUGACAUCCAGCUGGUGGGGGCCGGCUACAGGCUCUCACUGGUCAAAAAGAGAUUUGCAGCAGGUCAGUGUCUGUGUGUGAGGGAAGCAUGGAAAUACUAGCCUGGUCCCAGAUCUGUUUGUGCUGUCUUGCCAACUACCAUGGUCAUUGUCACACAUUUUGGGAUGCCUAUCAUGGGCCCUAUUUGAAACUGGAUUGAAAUUAUAUUGAACCUAACCCUGAAUGUGACAUUGUUGCCUGACCAUGCAAACAAGGCAAGACAACACUUUGGCAAUAGUUGAAAUUCCCUUGACUGAAUACUCUGAUUGUGUUUCUUUACAGGGAAAUAUCUGGCGGACAACUAG